GACUUGAUUAAUUUCCACAGUUCAAAAAAUAGAAAAUAGAAAAGCGUUUGUAAAGAUAACAGAUUCGUUCGCGGAAUAAAUAUUUACUGUUUGAGACUACUAAGACUAAGUUGAACUGUGGAACCUAAGCAAAACAAUGGGUGUUUUAAAAAAGACCACAGGUCUAAUGGGCUUAGCAGUUGCUGCUAACCCACACCAUACCCUUGGUUCACUUUAUGGAAAAAUAUUAAGGACACUGCAAAAAAUGCCAUCAGAUGCAGCUUAUAGAAAAUACACUGAACAAAUUGUACGUGAGAGGGCAGCUGUUUUACAACAGACAAAAGAUGUGUUUGAACUGGAAUCAAAAAUUAACUGUGGUCAAGCUGAAGAACUUAUAAUACAAGCCGAAAAUGAACUUAAUUUAGCUAGAAAAAUGUUAAACUGGAAACCAUGGGAGCCUCUAGUUGCUAAGCCGCCUAAGGGCCAGUGGGAUUGGCCUCCAGCAAAACCUUGAAGUAAAACUGAAUGUUACAUGCAGUCUUUUUAUUUAUCUUAGUUACUAAAAAAAGUUUAAUUUCUUUUCAAUAUUAGAUGGUUACUAGGAUAUAAACACAAUCUUUAUUAAAUAAACUUUUAUUAAAUAAAAAAAGCUUUAAACAGUUUGUACAUUAUUUUAAAUCUUCCACCAAGUGCAUCUAUCCAAUUUGUUUUUAUACAAGGUCCUAUUAUUUUAUUUAACGAAAAUGCAUUUUUUUUAAUAAAUAUAUUUUUAAUUUUCAAUUCCAAAUGCUGAUCUUUCUCAGCUUAGUAAUUUUUACUGAUAGUAUUAUCAGAAAGAAAUAAUGUUUAUAAAAUUUAAGAUUUUCAAUCAAUUAGCAAUGUUGUAUACGAAAUUCCAUAAUAUCAAAUUAAGUCAGAAAUAAAUCAAAGAAAUUAUAUUAAGUAAGGUAUAAAUAUUGUUGAAUAUCAUAAAUAUUUUCCAUUUAAUCACUAGCAACGAUUAAAAAUGUCCAGAAGACUGCAUUAAUAUACAUUUUUCAUUUUUUAUAAUUAUAAUGUUACAUUGACACAAAGCAUCAUCAUCAUCAAUGACGGCAGAUCAUGAACCAUCCACAACCUGCAGUUUAGAUCAGCAUGUUACUCGUAUCUAUCCAGGGGUAGCCCUUAUUUUAUAUAUUAUAAUACUUAAGUAUGCAUAAAGUAAUAUAAGAUGCAUUUCAUUUUGAUAACUAUGCCUACAUGAAAUGUAUGGUUUUGUGACAAUAUAAGCAUAUUUUAUUUGUAUCUUACCAAAACAUUUAAAUUCAUUGUCAUUGCAUCUAAAAUUUUCAAGUAUGAUAAGCAAUUUCAAAUGAUUGGCACAUUUACACAUUUCAAAUAUUGCAGGAAUGUUUUACCAUGCACAAAUUAUUACAAACAAUUAAUUAGAAAUAUUUAAUACUAUUUACAAUGUCAUUCUAACUAAUAAUAUCAACAUAUUAAUUCAAUUAGAAAAUAUAUCAUUAGUCCAAAAUUAAGACUAUCCUCGUCACAUUAUAACUUAUUUGUUAUAAAAAAAAAUAACACUGGUAACUUGCUUAUACAUCCCAUUCAUCUAACUUACUUAUUUAUAAUAAUUAAUCUUUCUCAAAAAGUUACCGAUAGCAUAUUUAUUUUAACGUUUUGAGUGUCGUCAACAUUAACAUCAUCUAUUAGGGUAAAUCUGGUAAUAAGGUUCAAUGUUCACCACAGGUGAGAAGACUUACGGAUUAAAUAAAUUUAUGCUACAUUUUACUAUUUAAUGCAAUUAUGCUGAAAUAAAUAUUCUGGGUUCUAUUGUUUGACACUGCUUGUUAAUUAAGUUUAAAAGUUUAAGGCUUAUUAUUAGCACUUCACGUUCGUAAAAGGCCAUUGCGUGCCAAGGCGAGCAAAACAUCUCCACAAGCUCGUACAUACCUAAUGUACAACAAAAAAUGCUUUGCCAAGUAGUAAAUAGUAGAUGCUUUGGUGUUUUGGGUCCCAAAAAUUGUUUCAUUUUGGUACAAUUCCAAAAAGUACACAGUGGUCUCAGUGGUGGUCCAGAAUUUUCUUCAAUAUUUGGUAGAUGCCAAUAUGAUGAAAAAAAAUUUCAAUAAUCACCAGUAAACCUACUCCGACUUCCAAACACUGGGUACGCGAGCGUAUGGAGGGCACGCUUGCGCUCGCCACUAGCUACUUUGAUAUUAGUACAAAAUACCGACACGAAAGCAAACACACGUGACGAGAUGAGCGGAUAUGAGUCGAUCAGAGUGAACACUCUUCACACUCGCCGAGCGUGAAGUGCAAAGUGAAGUGAAAAGAACACUUGUUAAGCUAAUAAGUGUUCCUUUGUACGAACAUACACAUGUAUUAAUUUUAAAUUAUUUAUUUAUUGAGGAGCCAUACCCUUUCAAUAUAAGUCUCAACUUUAAGAUAUAAUAUUGAAAAUGUUAAAACCUUGUUCAAAUAUUAGGAAAGUUACCGAAAAGUUAAGCUUCAAAAUAGUCCAUAAUAUUAUGUUCCCUACUUUUUUAAAAUUUGCAAUUAAUUUUUUUUAAAUACAAACUGCGAAAAAUAGCUUAUACUGCAAACUUUCAAUGAAAAUUGAGAAGAUUGCUGUAGCAUUUAAAGUUUAGUAAGUGGUAUGCAGCUCAAUCUCACCUUACACAUGCGCUAAUAUACUUUUGGCAUUUUUAUCAGUUCAGAUGAUGUUAUGAAUAUUAAAUUAUCAAAUAUUUACUUGUUUAAUUUUAAUUACAGGUAUCUAUAUAUAAAAAUCAAUUUUUGUAUGUUAGUCUCGCUAAAACUAAAAAGUAGCUCGACUGAUUUAGAUGAAAUUUUUUGUGUAGAAUCACAAUUGGAGCCGGUAGGUGGCGCUGUUGUCGAAAUCCAGAAAUCACAUAAAUAAAACUGAAUUACUAUUGUUUUUUAAUUUCAUCUGAUUGAUUUUUUGAAACAAUUGGAAGAUACCUAGUAUAAGGUUUAAUAUUAUUAACUUUAUUUAGUCUAACCAUUAAAGGCAUUUUUUUUCUCAAGGAAAAAAAUACAAUUUCAAUUUGGUUAUACUCGGAUUCAGUAAGAGUUAUGAAAACUCAUAAUGUUCUUGUAUAAAUUCAUGAUAAUCCCAUAAUUAGAACUAAUGUAACCAAAAACUACAAUUUUUAUUACAAAUAUAUAUAGUUACAAAACUUAAAUCUAUAAAUAUCCUAAAAAUAAAUAACAUUAUAAAAUCAUCUGAUUUUAAAUACUUUAUGAACAGUGCUUUGUUCAAUACACUAUAAAUUAAAAUUUAUUAAUAAUAUAUAGUUAUGUGGAUGUUACACCUUUCCUAGCCACUAGAAGGUUUAGUACGGGAUGCUUUUUUAUAUAGCUGACAGCCUUUUUAUGUGUUACCAUAGUAAAAUCAUACCCAUUGCACUGCAGAAUUUUAUCAUGCAUUCUUAAUCCUGACUUGGCAGCUGGACUUCCUUCAUGUACUUCAGUUACAUAAAUCCCCUAAAAUCAAUAACAAAGUAAAAAAAUAUAAUUAUUAUAAAAAAAUAACUCUUAUCAGCUUUUGUACUAUGAUAAUAAAACCUCACUAAUCAAGAUUGAGGCUUUUCAUGUUAUUUUUACUGUCUGGCAAAUAAUAUGGUAAGUUGUGAAAAUGAAAAAGAGAUAGAUCAUAUGUUUAGUACCAUUGUUAAGUAAAAAUUUGUAAUAUAAAAAAAUAACAGGUAACCUAUGAAAUUGCCGCUCUGCAGUAGUGGCCAUUUUAAAUCAAAAUAAUUUUUGUUGGGGUAAGACUUCUAAUUUCACUUUAACCGAUUCGUUGCGGCACCGAUUUUCGACAACUUUUAGCUGUGACGGCGAAUAAAUAUUUCAUUGAAUUAAAAAUUAAUAAAAUUUAAAAAAUUCGCCACAGAAGUUGAUGACACACCUAUUGUGCCAUCAGCCAUGUGUAAAAGUAAUGUUCUUUUUUAUGCUUUUUUCACUUGUUUAGACCUAAUUAAGUUUAGUUGACAUCAAACAUAAGUUACAAACGGAAGUGGGUAACUACGUGUUUUCUUUGAAAUUGAGUGACUUUUUUUUAUGCAGAGAUUACAAACAUUUUGUACUUUAUUUGUUUUAUAAAAAAAUCAUUUAUAUAAGUAGGUACAGCUAAAUCACCCUGGAAAACCUUGGGUUUUUAAUUAAAUUAAAUUUUCAUCUAAUAAUAACAUUUGUAAAUAUCAAACAAUGAAGAACCUUAAUUUGGAAAAAAAUUAGGUUUAUGAUUCAUUGAUUUUUACAAAUGUUAGAUAUUAUUUAAUGUUAUACAAAUGAUCUGAAAACGUCUAAUUAGUAAGAAUAGCAAAACAAGUGUUUUCAAAAGGAAAAAAACGCCGGCGCUAUACGGCGGCGGAUUGACAAAACACCAUUAAUUAGCAAACUUUUUUUUAUGCAUGAACGGUUUCGAACUGUUUCAAGCAAAAAUAAACCUUAUACCAUAUCACAAGAGCACAUGGUAAUUCGUAGAUCUAUUCGGCCAUAUGAUAGUAAUAAGACAGCAGUUUAACCAUUUUAUAAUUAAUAGAAUCAGAUGCUACUUUGCGGAAAUCCAUUAUAUAAAAGCUUUUUUAAAAAAAAUUUACUUCGCAAACAUCCACGCUAUAAAAUAAAAUUAUGUGUCUUACCUAGUAUGAAGAGCACCUCCUGCCCUCCCUCAAUAGCGUACACUAUCCCUGUCACCACUAAUCCCAGCACCGCUACUCCCAACACCACUACACUAGGCAAGACACACCACUGACGACAAUACGACACGGUAUUUCGCCUCUACACGAGGCAACCUCAGGUGAUGUAGACUCUACAGUGCCUGACCGUCAUGGCGGUAGAGGCUGAGGCUGAACCGGUUUAAAACAUGGAUUUCUUUUUUCAAUAUUAGUCAUAUGUUUAUUGAUUAGUGCUAUGUUUUCAUUGCAUUUGAAUCUUUUUCGUCAUCACAGAUACAUUAAAAAUUUGAGUAAUCUAUACAAAUAUCUAUACAAAUAAAUAAAAUUGGAGUGUCUGUUUGUAACAUCAAAAUAACAGCUUUUCACUAAAUGUAUUUAGUGUAAUGUAUAUAUAAGUAUAUAUGGUACUUAUAACAAAAACAAUAUCUGUCCGUGACUGUGAAGAACUGAAUUCAAUGAUGGAGAAGCUCGCACAUCUUCAAUCAAUCUUUGGUUUCUUCUUUGGUCAAUCUCUAUUCGCUAUUGCUCUUGCACAACAACAUGCAACCUCAUACAAUAGAUGGUCUCCAAGUUACAAAAACUGGGGUUGGACUUGGAAGCUCUCAGUCAUCCACCGUACUCACCAGACCUUGCAUCUACAGACUUUUACUUUUUACAGCAUUAAAUAACUUUUUGGAGGGAAAAAAAUACAGUACCAGAGUGGCAGUACAAAAUGCCUUUGAAGAAUUUGUUGCCCCCCGCCCAACUGAUCAAUAAACUGCCACUGCAUUGGCAAAGAUGAAUCGAUUGCAUGGGUGAUUACUUUGAUUAAUAGGAAUAAAAAAUAUAGACAUUUGACUAUAUUUUUUGCAUUAACUUAUUUUAUAAAAAACGACAAUUUCAUAGGUUCCAUGGCACUUAUGUAAAACCUUAGCCCACAAAUGCAUCUGAAUGAAAGUUGUAAGUACAAACCCAUAGCGUAAGUGAGACAUAUUUUUCUUUCCUUAUCAUUAGCAUUUAUCUUGUCUUUGUUAUAUAAGCGGUUGAGUGUGGGCUAAGGCAGAAGGCUCAUGUUGGAGCCAAAUCUUUAGAAUGGGCAUAUUUAAAAACCAAGCAAGUUACCGCUUUUUAAAUAUGCACUUUUCUUUCCUAUUGUUCCAAAUGUAAGUUACCAAAUAAAUAUGCAACUACUGCGCUUUUCCAACCU